AUGGAACAUCACCUCCGGUGUGCGUACUCGCCCAGCUUGCUUGAGGGAUCCGGCCCGGCGCCGGCGCCGGCGCCGCCGUUGUGGAGGGGAAUUUUAGGUCGCUGCGACUACGUACGUACGGGAUUGGGUUUGAACGAGGACAUCGGGAAGAAAUUAACCUUCAGCGAGGGAGCUUUUUGCAAGUUGUGUACCCAGAUCGCUCCACCUGAAUCUGGGACAUCGAUCUUCCAUCCAGUGGUACAGAUUCGGUUUUUCUAUUUUUUCAUCUCACGCUCUCAUUCUAUUGUAGUCGUUGGCUUGAUCUUGCAGUGUAAGGAAUUUUCUGUUAGCCUCCUUGCAAUGGUACCCUCAAAACGGAAAAGCUCCCCUCUGGCGUGGGUCCCAGUUGUCAUCGUCAUCUCACCUUCUCUCUUCUCCUGCGCCGCGGGCCUUGACGCCGCCGCCCCUGUCGCCCUUGACGCUCCGCCGCAUCUGCGAGUUCCCCCGCCACCGCCGCCGAUUAUGCAAGCUGAGCAGCCUCAGGUCGACGCCGUUCGCCUGCCCGACCUCACCUCUCUCAAUCGGCUCCAGAGAGGGGAGGACUUCGGAGUUCGGACGGGAGGUUGCGGUCAAUCAUCAUCCUCGUCAUGGCCACCUGAAGCGUUAAUGAAAAGUUAUCGAUCUACAAUCCUGCAUCUGGUACCCGAGGAAAAAAGGUUAUCGAUCUACAAAUCGGAUGUGCAGCGCCAGAGCCAGACAAAGUUCAGGACUCACGACUGUCGGUCUUCAUUCAGACGUUCAGUUUUGGAGGAAAAAAAAUGGUCAACAAUGCAUACUUGUGUGGAGCAGAUUGUAGGAAGGUCUUGCGCGCGGUCUUUCGAGGAAUCAGCUCCACAGACCACAAUCUGGCCGAGCAUGGCCUACACGGCAAACCCAGCAAUCACUUUCUUUGGACAUACUGUAAUCGAUGGAUACACUGAAACAAUGUCGAAUCAAGUGAAUCAGUAGCCGGUUGUUAACAGGGAGGACUUCGGAUGGGAGGCUCCUCCAAUUCAGUUAGGACGCAUUCUCUUAAUAAUGCGAGUCAGUUGCUAGUUACGGGUUGCUUAGCUCGGAUUGUCUGGUUCAGCAUGUUGCGCAAGGAAGGGUUGAGCUCGUUCCUGCAGCGGCAGUCUCUAUUCCGUUCUAUUUUUAACUGUUCAAUGAUGCAUGCUUGUGUGGAGCAGAUUGUCUGGUUCCACAACCUGGCCAAGCAUGGUCUACAAGGCAA